AUGCCUUGUAGGCCCAUGAGUCCCAAACCUCAGAGCCCACGAUCCACCUCUCAACACAAGAACUUCCGUUAUCCUGGGCGGGUGUACGCCACUUCCAUGAUCUCUCUUGGGAACAACUCUGGAGUGGAAAGCAGUCUGGAGGCUCCUGAGAGACCAAAGACACUGAAACCCAGAGGAAGUCUCUUACACUCGUUGGACGACUUCCAGAGGGAUGACAGUGGCAUAAGCAGUCAAUCCCAGAUCAGCUUAAAUACAGCUUCUUCCAUUAGUGACAUGCUCCAAGAUGAGGAGCCUAAACAGCCAUGUCAAACAGCACCUGAAAAGAGGCCAAAUAAGAAAUGGGAUUCCCAUGGCAAAAGGAGGCCACCCCGGCUUCCACCAUGCCCACGCCCUGUCUCCAGCCUGGAGAGUAAAGCCCGGAGGCUCUCCUCCCUUGCUCCAGAGGAAAAAGCCAAGGAGAUUCCAGAGAGGAGGAGGAGGAGGAGGAAGAGACCCAAACCUCCCUAUAAGUGCUUCAGCUUCGAUGAUGUUUGGAUGGAGAGGAAUCAAAAAAGGAAGCUAGAGAAGGAGACACAGCCAGAGGGAGAGGUUCAGGUGCAGCAUCUCCCAAAGGACACCUCAAAAGCUGGAAUAAGUCCAUCCAUCACAUCUCCCGUUGCCUUUGAGAUCCUGCCACUGAAACUGCAUCCGUUUUCCCAGAGCACUCCUACCGGCCUGGACUGCGUGGGCUGGAAACGGCGCAUCUCUGCUCCUGUGAUCACCGACGGAGCUCUGGACAAGACAGCCCUGACGGACGAUGUGGGGAGCGAGGAGGAUCUGUACGAGGAAUUCCGCAGCUCCAACCACCGCUACGGCCACCCCGGGGGCGGCGGCGAGCAGCUGGCCAUCAACGAGCUCAUCAGCGAUGGCAGCGUGGUGUACGCAGAAGCCCUCUGGGACCACGUCACCAUGGAUGACCAGGAGCUGGGAUUCAAGGCUGGCGAUGUCAUCGAAGUAAUGGAUGCCACCAACAAGGAGUGGUGGUGGGGGAGGAUCCUGGACAGUGAAGGCUGGUUUCCAGCCAGCUUUGUUCGGCUGCGAGUAAACCAGGAUGAGCCCAUGGAAGAUUAUCCCCUAAAGGUAGAGGGGGGCAAAGAGGACGAUUCCCGAUGCUACGGGAUGGGCCAGACCACCAAAGACCAAAUGAGGACCAACGUCAUCAAUGAGAUCAUAAGCACAGAGAGAGACUACAUCAAGCACCUGAAGGAUAUUUGUGAGGGCUACAUUAAGCAGUGCCGCAAGAGAGCAGACAUGUUUACGGAAGAACAGCUUAAGAUCAUCUUUGGGAAUAUUGAGGACAUCUACAGGUGCCAGAAAAAAUUUGUUAAAGCACUAGAGAAGAAAUUUAACAAAGACCACCCACAUUUGAGUGAGGUUGGCUCAUGCUUCUUGGAAUAUCAAACAGAGUUCCAGAUCUACUCCGAGUACUGCAACAACCACCCCAACGCAUGCAUGGAGCUGUCGCGCCUCACCAAGGUCAACAAGUACGUUUACUUCUUCGAGGCCUGCCGGCUGCUGCAGAAGAUGAUCGACAUCUCCCUGGAUGGCUUCCUGCUCACCCCCGUGCAGAAAAUCUGCAAAUACCCCCUGCAGCUGGCCGAGCUGCUCAAGUACACCAACCCCCAGCACAGGGAUUUCAAGGAUGUGGAGGCUGCCUUGAACGCCAUGAAGAACGUGGCUCGGCUCAUCAACGAGAGGAAGCGGCGCCUGGAGAACAUCGACAAGAUCGCUCAGUGGCAGAGCUCCAUAGAGGACUGGGAGGGAGAAGAUGUCCUAGUCAGAAGCUCAGAACUCAUCUAUUCUGGGGAAUUAGCCAAAAUCUCCCACCCCCAAGCCAAGAGCCAACAGAGGAUGUUCUUCCUCUUCGACCACCAGCUUGUCUGCUGCAAGAAGGACCUUCUGCGCAGGGACAUCUUGUAUUACAAGAGCCGGAUCAACAUGGACGACAUGGAAAUACUGGAUGUAGAAGAUGGGAAAGACAAGGACUUUAAUAUCAGUGUGAAAAAUGCAUUUAAGCUGCACUGCAGAGACACUGAGGAAGUCCAUUUAUUCUGUGCAAAAAAGCCUGAGCAGAAACAGCGCUGGCUGAAGGCAUUUGAGAAUGAAAGGAGGCAGGUACAGCUCGACCAGGAGACAGGUUUUUCCAUCACGGAGGUGCAGAAAAAGCAGGCAAUGCUGAAUGCCAGCAAGCAGCAUCAUGCUGGGAAGCCCAAGGCUGUCACCAGGCCCUACUACGACUUCCUGAUGCGGCAGAAGCACCCCACCCUGCCCACCACGCUGCCUCAGCAGCAGGUCUUCAUGCUGGCAGAGCCCAAGCGCAAGCCCUCGAACUUCUGGCAGAACAUCAGCAGGCUGACGCCCUUCCGGAAAUAG